AUGUUGUUCAAGUCAUCCUUCCUUCUCUUCUCUCUUUUUUCUCUAGGCACAGUCGCCUGGGAUGCCCCUAACUACAGUGGUUUCACUAAAGUCUGGCAAGAUACCUUUGCAGGUUCCGGCGGCACUCUCCCCGACACAAGCAGAUGGAACAUCAUAACAGGAUACCUUAAUGUCAAUGCAGAGCUUGAAGUCUACACUUCAUCCACCCGCAACGUCCAGCGAAGCGGUGGUGAUACUCUCCAGCUUGUACCCUGGCGCGAUGCUUCCGCACAAAACGGCUGGACUUCUGGUCGUAUUGAGAGCAAAUAUGUCUUCACUCCCCAAGCAGGCAAAGUCACCCGAACCGAAGCCAACCUUCGCUUCGGCACUUGCUCCACCAACAACAAGCAAGGUAUCUGGCCUGCCUACUGGAUGCUUGGAAACAUCCUCCGCAACGGUGGUAGCUGGCCUUCCUGUGGUGAGAUCGACGCCAUGGAGACGGUCAAUGGCCAACUUACUGGUCACGGCACAGUCCACUGCCAUGUCUAUCCCGGUGGCAUCUGCAACGAAGGCACCGGUAUUGGCAACACUAUCGGAAUCCCAGAUCAGAGCUGGCAUACCUGGAGAGUCGAGUUUAACCGGGCCAAGAGCAACUGGCGCGAUGAGACUAUCACAUGGUUCAUGGAUGGUCAGCAGUUCCACCAGAUCUCCGGUGCUAGGAUCAACGACCAAAACGUUUGGAACAGUCUGUGCCACAGUCCCUUGUAUUUCAUCCUCAAUGUUGCUGUCGGUGGUACCUGGCCUGGAUAUCCCAACGGAAACACAUGCGAUGGCUAUGGCAGCAUGAUGGAAGUUGGCUACGUUGCUCAUUACACCAACUGA